AUGAAAGACGAGCCCUUGGAUGUGCAAGCUGCUAGCAACGAGGCAGACUAUAACGGGUAUAACGAGGCAGGGGGAGACGUCUGGGAAACGGCGGCUGGGUGGGAUUCGAGCGAGGAAGCGAGGGGUGGAGGAGAGGGGGAAAGUGGGGAGAGAGGAGAGCCAGGGGUUAAGUCUGUGUGGGGGGAGGUGGAAAGGAGAACGAGAGAGGAGGAGAGGAUUGAGGGGAUUGUGUGGGAAGAGGCGGAAGAGAGCGAGGAAGAGGAUAAUGAGGGGCGAAUUGGGAUAGAAAAGGAUGAUGAGGGGCGGAUUGCGAUGGAAAGGGAUAAUGAGGGGCGGAUUGGGUUAGAAAAAAGUAAUGAGCGAAUUGGAGUGGAGAACGGAAAGGCGGAUGCAGCCGGGGAGCGAUCAGAUGUGGAUGAAGGGAUGAGGACGAGGGGAAAGGAUGCUGAGGCGCCUGAACGGACGAGUGAGGGAGGAGAGGCUUCUGAGACGCCUGAAAGUACGAGAGAGAAAACAGGCGCUUUUGAGACGCCCACAAGACUGAAAGAGAGCCGCAAGAUGAGAGGGGAGGCUGAGAGGCAGCACAAGGAGGAGGAGAAGAGGAGGUUGAAGGAGCAGCAGAGGGUGGAGAGGAAGAGGGAGAGGAGAAAGGCGAGAAGGGUGAUGCUGCUGGCUGCCCAGCUGAAAGAGGCAUUGCAGCGGCAAGGGGAGGCGAGACAGGGGGAGGGGAUGGCGAGGCAAGGGGAGGGGAGGCAGGGGGCCAUGGGGGAGGGAGGAGCUGAGGGUGUUUGGGAUGGUGGGGCCGGAGAGGGAAGAGCGAGGGAUGACAAUGAAGGUGAAGGAGUGUCGGGUGAGGCAAGUAGGGAGGGACAGGAGGGAAGGAUGGGCGAAGGGGAGAGAAGGAUGGGAGAAGGGGAGAGAGAGAUGGGUGAUAGGGAGAGAGAUACGAGCGAAGGGGAGAGUGAUACGAGCGAGGAGUUGGAAGCGGUGAAGAUGGAAUAUGGGGGAGGAGAAGUGCGGAAGGUGGAAGGAGCAGGAGGGAGUCUAGAUGUGGAGGAGUUGAGAGCGGUGGAUUUGGGGCAGGUGGCAUUGCUGCUGGGGGCUAUAGAGGGACUCAAGGAGGUUCGGGAUCUGCCGAAGCUGAUGAGCUGGCUCGGUGGCGUGUCACAGGGGGAAGGCGGGGAGGUUGGCCGUGCUGAGGUGGAUCAGGCCAGUGAUGACGUGUCACUGGGCAGUGCUGAGGUGUCACAGGUGCUGUAUGAGCUGGCGAUUGCGGAGGAGAGUGAGAAAGUGCUGGCACUUCUGAGGUGGAUGGAGGAGAGGAGGGAAAGGGAGUGGGAGGGGAUGAUUACGGAUCAGCGGAGAAAGUUCCUAGAGGAGAGAGCGAGGGAGGCGAGAAGAUUCGGACGAGGGAUGCAAAGUGGGGGAAAGGGAAUCGAGAGGAGGAAGGCGAGUGAGGAAGAGGAUGGGAUGUCAGAAGAAAUUCAAGGAGGAGUGGUGAUUGGGGCGGGUUUGGGGGCACCUGAAAAUACCCCAAAACCGCCCCAAGAGGUGGUGCUGUUCCGGACGACGUCGAAUGCGUACGGUGCUGUUGUGACGAUGCUGCUUCGGUUGGGUCGGGUGGAGGAGGCUGAAGCGAUGGUCAUGAGGGGGGUGCCGGAGAAGCAAGGGCAGCAGGAGCAGCAGGAGGAAAAUGGACAGCAGGGGCAGCAGCAGGAGAAGCAGGAGAAGGGGCAGAUGGGGCAGAAAGUGCAGCAGGGGCAGCAGCAGCAGCAGCAGCAGCAGCAGCAUCAGUGGGAAGAACUCCAUCCGCCCCCCAUCCCCAUUCCCCACCGCGUCUACUGCCAGCUCAUAGGAGCUUUGGAGGGCGGGCAGGGAGGAUUGGAGGGAUGUUUUGCAAUGGUGGCAGAGAUGUAUGCGAUGGGGAGAGAGGGCAGCAGCGAACUGAAACCCACUCCGCUCACCUACUCCUUCCUGAUCCGCGCGCUGCUGCAAGAGGGGUUACUGAGAAGAGCCUCCACCGUGGUGCUCAGAAGCAUGCCAGACGGGAACCUGGUUCCCCGCCUGGAGGACGUGCAUGCAGUCAUGAAGGCGCAGCUGGGGAGGGGCGGAGAGGCGGGUGUGAGGGAGGCGAUAAAAAUCAUGGAUGCUAUUCUGGGGGUGAAGAGGGAGGGGCAGCGACGGGACAGUUUCUUACAGAUGGUGACACCGAAUGAGCUCACCUUUCGCAUGCUCAUCCUCGGCCUGUGUCGCGAGCGCAACCCCAGCAAGGCCCUGUUCUACCUGACUUGCAUGAUGGACCGGGGACUCAUGCCCGACAGGCAGCUGUUCCGCGCCUGCAUGCUCACUCUCUCCGCUCUCGGCAUCACGCGCGAUGCAUUGGAGCUCUUUGAGUUGAUGCGCGGGACGAGGGCCACCCGUGCGCUGAUAGACGCAGACAUGUGCACGCUGCUGCUGGCGGCGCUGGGCAAGCGCGGGCUGGGGGUGGAGAUGAAACGUGUGGCAUCACUCAUGCGCAAGGUGGGAAAGUGGGGCCUUGGUAGUGGGGAAAGGGCCACGCGGGCGCUGAUAGACGCAGACUUGUGCACGCGGCUGCUGGCGGCGCUGGGCAAGCGCGGGCUGGGGGUGGAGAUGAAACGAGUAGCUUCGCUGAUGAGAAAGUGGGGAAGGGCCACCUGGGCGCUGAUCGACGCAGACAUGUGCGCGUUGCUGCUGGCGGCGCUGGGCAAGCGCGGGCUGGGGGUGAAGAUGAAACGCGUGGCAUCACUCAUGCGGAAGAUGGCGAUCCCUCACAGCGGCGAAUCCUACGCGCAGCUGAUCAUGGGGUAUGCACGGGCCGGCAUGUGGAGCGACGUGGAUGCUCUAGUGGCCGAGAUGGAAGAACACACCAGCAGAAGCUACGGAACUGACAAUCUUGGUGGUGCUGCUGCUGGUGAUGGUGAUUCCGCCUCUGUCUCUGCCGCUGUUGUUGAAGAGCUGGGGAUUGGAGUGGGGGCGACAGCUCGGGACAGCCUGGCGGUGUGCAAUGCGCUGGUGAUGGCGUAUGGGCGGGCGGGCAGGAUGGAGCAGAUGGAAAUGGUGGUGAAUCGGCUCAGGGUGCUGUCACCAGAUGGCACGCUGCGAUUGGUGAGUCUGUCUCCAGUUAGCAUGGUGCGAUUGGUGAGUCUGUUGCCAGUUAGCACUAGGCAUGAGCAAAAGGCGAACCCGAACAUGUUUGCCUCGAACAUGCACAAGCAUGGGCGGGCGGGCAGGAUGGAGCAGAUGGAGAUGGUGGUGAAUCGGCUCCGGGUGCUGUCGCCAGAUGGCACGCUGCGACUGGCUGAGGAGCUCGGGAUUGGAGAUAAGAAGACAGCUCGAGACAGCCUGGCAGUGUGCAAUGCGCUGGUGAUGGCGUAUGGGCGGGCGGGCAGGAUGGAGCAGAUGGAGAUGGUGGUGAAUCGACUCCGGGUGCUGUCGCCAGAUGGCAUGCUGCGAUUGGUGAGUCUAUCGUCAAAUGGCACUACGAUUGGAAGGUCUGUUUGA